AUGACCACCAUUUUUGCAAAAGUAAAAUAUACAUGGAGAGAUUUUCACAGCACACUGCAUGAAUUUAAUAAGGCUGCCCCACUGAGAGCCUGGGUAGACGAGAGGGGCCUCGGGGAAGGAAAGGCCGGUACAGUGGUGGAAAAGGCGUCGGUGGCGGGUGUCUCCCUCGGCCUCGGGGCCUACCGGAGUUACCUGAGCGGCGCUAGAGUAGCACUGCCUGCAUCGAGUGAAAAAGGCUCCAGCAGUAAUUGCUCGGUGCUUGUUAUAGGUUAUUGGGAAGCGUCCCAAGUGGAAAAGUAUGUUUCCGACUUACCCAUAUAUCUGUGGCAGAGUAUUACCUGUUUGCGGUUAAAUCCUUUAAUUUCUACAUUACAAAUCCGAUACUUACAUAGAACAGCAGUGCGCAAUGCCAGUGGAGGAGCCUUAUUUGUGCACAGAGAUAGUCCUGAAAAUAAUCCAGAUACUCCAUUUGAGUUCACACCUGAAAACCAAAAGCGAAUAGAAGCAAUCAUAAACAACUACCCAGGGGGACACAAGUCUGCAGCUGUCAUGGCAGUACUAGAUUUGGCUCAAAGACAGCAUGGAUGGUUGCCCAUAUCGGCUAUGAACAAGGUUGCUGAAAUUUUAGAAAUGCCUCCCAUGAGAGUGUAUGAAGUAGCAACCUUCUAUACAAUGUAUAAUCGCAAACCUGUUGGGAAAUACCACAUUCAGGUCUGCACUACCACACCUUGCAUGCUGCGAGACUCUGAUAGUAUUUUAGAAGCCAUUAAGAAGAAACUUGGUAUAAAAGUUGGGGAAACAACACCUGAUAAACUCUUCACCCUGAUAGAAGUGGAAUGUUUAGGAGCUUGUGUAAAUGCACCAAUGGUACAAAUAAAUGACAAUUACUACGAAGAUUUGACACCUAAAGAUAUUGAAGACAUUAUUGAUGAGCUAAAAGCUGGCAAAGUUCCCAAACCUGGCCCAAGGAGUGGACGUUUUUCUUGUGAGCCAGCUGGUGGCCUUACUUCUCUGACCGAACCACCCAAAGGACCAGGGUUUGGAGUUCGAGCUGACCUAUAAGGAUUUUUGUAAUACAAGAUGAACUGUCUGAAAAUAAUAAAGUAACUUUAAUAUCAGUAAAAUUA